AUGGAUGAACUGUUCGCCCCGCCCGCUUCCUUCUUCCCGCCGUCUCCUCCGCCGCAACUCUCCAACGUCGACGGCAACCACCAGUUUCCCGAGUUGGCCUCCUGCGAGGUCCCUCAGCAAUGGCUGCUCGGCGACGUUGUCGUGCCGCCCAAGAGCGAGGGUAGCGGCUACCUCUGGUCUGGGCGAUCCUUUCUCUCCCCGGAAUCUGAGCUAUCCGAACUGCCGUCCGUCGGACCCCUAUCCCCGACGAUGACGCCACCGACGGUGGUGAAGCGGCGCGGGCGGAAGCCACGGCCCCAGACCGAGAGGCCAACCGUGGGCCACGUGGAGGCCGAGCGGCAGCGCCGGGACAAGCUGAACCGUCGCUUCUGCGAUCUCCGCGCCGCCGUUCCCACAGUCUCCCGCAUGGACAAGGCCUCCCUCCUCGCCGACGCUACGAACUACAUCGCCGAGUUGACCGCCCGCAUCGCGCGCCUGGAGGACGAGUCCCGGCAGGCCACCGCAGCUUCACGCGGCGGUGCCGCCGCCCCAUCCUCCCAGUACCACGACAUAGCAGGCGGUGAGGAGGCGGUGGAGGUGCAGACGGUGAUGGGGCGAGAGGCUGCGGCAGCCUUGCUCCGAGUGACGAGCGUGGGGGGAGGAGCGGCGCAGCACGCGCCGGCGCGGCUGAUGGGUGCGCUCCGGUCGCUGGAGCUGAGGGUGCAGCACGCGUGCGUGAGCCGGGUGCAGGGCGUGACGGUGCAAGACGUGGUCGUGGACGUGCCCCCCGCGCUACAGCAAGACGACGGCGGCGCAGCACUCCGCACCACGCUCAUCCAGAGGCUGCACGACACUAGCUAG